GAAAAAUACUAAACAUCAACACCCACACACUAUACACAAUGGCAUCACUUUCACUUGUGCUUAGAUACAUCGUCGUUUUAACUUUCUUCAUACUCCAAAACCCCAAGGAAACAUUUUCUUCGCGACUAGUGAGAUCCCCAGCUAAAGUAGCUCAGAUUGGAGCCGAUGAUUAUCCAUCUUCCGGUCGUAAUACACCGGUCCGCGACCUUGGAUUCCCUGACUUCCCUUCUUUCCAAGAAGUAGUGGCGCCACCACCGCCUCCGCCUGAUCUUCCUCUCCUACCGCCGCCUCUGCCUGAUCUGCCUCUCCUUCCACCACCGGCAUUUUCUGAUCCUGAGAAGCCUAGGUUACCGGUUCCGGUUUGGCCUUCACUCCCCGAUUUCCCGCCCUUUCCAUUCGUAGAUCAGGCUGCUCCUUCCCAACGCUUCGCUCCAAGAUUUGAUGAGUCCAAUAAUUGGAUGCCUUCUACCCCAAGCAUCCCUCAAGUGUUUCCGUAAAGGCGUAAACCACUGACACUCAUGAAGCCUCAUUUCGCAAAAAGCUUACUAUUUGACUUUCAAAGUUUUUGUAUCAAUUAAUAAGUUUAAAACUU